GCAGCCCACCUGUUACCUGAUGCGACUACAAGACUGAAAAAGCGGAUGCAGGUCAUCAGACGCGUCUGGACGUUGAAACAGGAUGAAGUCUGUGUGGUUGCUGUUGGUGCUUGUGGCUGCAGUCAAAGCGGAGAGGACUUUUGUUGGUGAUCAGGUUUUAAGGAUCACUUUGCAGUCUCAGGAACAGCUACGUGUUCUCCAGUCUCUGGAACAUGAAGAGGAAUGGCAGCUGGACUUCUGGCUUCACCCCGUUUCCACCGACCUGCCAGUGGAUAUCCGAGUUCCCAGUUCCAGCCUGAGCACCAUAAAGGAGUUCCUCCUCACCCAUAACAUCCCCUUCACCGUCAUCAUUGAAAACCUUCAAGAGCUUAUUGAUAUGGAGAAAACUGAAAUGGAGGAGAAUCAAAAAAAGAAGCAGAGCACUAGGAGCAUCAACUUUGGAGCAUAUCAUACUCUGGAGACAAUCUACAGCUGGAUGGAUACACUGGUGACUCAAUACCCACACUUGGUCACCAAACAAGAAAUUGGCAAAUCCUACGAGAACAGGCCCAUGUACGUCCUGAAGUUCAGCACUGGCGGCACCAACCGCCCCGCCAUCUGGAUCGACACGGGGAUCCACUCCAGAGAAUGGGUGUCUCCUGCUACAGGACUGUGGACGGCUAACAAGAUCGCCUCUGAUUUUGGCAGUGACGCCUCCCUGACCUCCCUUUUAAACACUAUGGACAUUUACAUGCUGAUCCUGGCCAAUCCUGAUGGCUAUGUGUACACCCACACUAAUGACCGUAUGUGGCGCAAGACCCGCUCCUUAAACUCUGGCUCAUUGUGUCGGGGAGUAGAUCCCAACAGAAACUGGGACGCAGGCUUUGGUGGUCCUGGUGCCAGUACAAGCCCCUGCUCUGAUUCCUAUCAUGGACCCUUUGCUCACUCUGAGAUUGAGGUGAAGAACGUGGUGGAUUUGAUCAAGAGCCAUGGCAACUUUAAGUCGUUCAUCUCCGUCCAUGCCUACUCUCAGCUGCUCAUGUAUCCCUAUGGAUAUACCUGCACAGAUGUGGCAGACAAGGCUGAGCUGGAUUCUAUUGGCAGAGCAGCCACACAGAAACUCACCUCCCUCUAUGGCACCUACUACAAAGUUGGAAAUAUUUGCAACAUUAUUUAUCCAGCAAGUGGAGGCAGCAUUGACUGGUCCUAUGAUACAGGCAUCAAAUACUCGUUUGCCUUUGAGCUGAGGGACACCGGCUACUAUGGCUUCCUUUUACCAUCCAACCAGAUCAUCCCCACGGCCACAGAGACAUGGCUUGCUCUAAAACACAUCAUGGAGUAUGUCCGCGAUCACCCUUAUUAAUGGCUGUAAAGUCAUCCAUGGAUUUUCAAUUCAGCUUUCAUUCUGUGACCAAUUAAAGUAAUCAAAACCCUA